AUGAAUAUGGACAUAACAGAACCAACUACGCUGCUAGAACUUGCUAUGCAGAGUCUACUGAGUAAUGACCUUCAUGCGCUCCAAGAGAUUCCAAGAGGACUUUUUGUCCCACUGUUUAAUGCUGCCUUUAAGGGUGGGCAUAAGGAGAUACUGGCAGCCAUGGUGAAAGUUUGGCCAUUUUAUUGUCUUCACGUUGGGAUGUUAUGGUUACAGAAACCAUACUAUGAACUUUUAAAAGCCAUGCUUGAAGGUCUACAGGUACUUCCUGCUCAGAAUUCUCCUUCUUGGACCCCUAACCUGAGGAUCCUGGAUUUAAGAAAGAACACUGACUGCAGGAUCACGUGCACUGAAAUCAGUAGCAAGUCCCCUAUGUGUAUUCAUUCUUGUGUUUACUCUGAACAUUCUAUCCUGAAAAUGGGAGCCCAACACUGCAUUGUAAAUUCAGAGUCCAAGACUCUGUCAUCCAGGCAGGCCAUGGAAUUACUAGUGGAUCUUUCCCUUGAUGGUAUAUUGAGGGAAAGAGGAUUUCUUUCUUUGAUUUUGAGUAAAGUUGAGCAGAGCUUAGGGUCCUUGCACCUCUGCUGCCGUUAUUUGCAAAUUGAUACAUUGUCUAACUACAACGACACCAUGAAGUUUCUGGAUCUGGUAUGCAUUGAUCACCUGACAAUUGAUCACACUUCUCUGAGUGAGGUCAACAAACUUUUGUGUCAGAUGGUCCAUCUGGACAGACUUAAUCUGUCUAAUAUCACCUUUAGAUCAUUGAAUGGAAAAGUUUUCAGAACUUUUCUCAUGCAGCUUGGGAGAAUGAACAACCUCAAGGAACUGAAUUUGUCAUAUUUCUGCUUGAAAAAUCAUCUAGAAAAUUUGCUCAGAGCCCUGCCAUCAGCACUGGAUUUCCUGUAUCUACCUUUCUGUGAACUUUCUCAAAGAGAUUUCAUGUAUCUGCCCCAGUGCCCUCAAGCCAAACAGCUGAAGCUCCUGAAUCUCAGUAACAACUCAAUGUAUUUGGAUGAUUGUGAGAAUAUUCAAAGUCUUUUGGACAGUAUCUCUGGUACCCUGAAGCAUCUAGCGAUCAAUCAAUGUUUUUUAAAUGACUCUACAAUCUCUGUUCUCCUCCCAGCUCUAAGCCGUUGUUCCCAACUGAGGGUGUUUAGCUUUAUCUCUAACUUCAUUACAAUGCCCAUGCUCAUGAGGAUUGUGCAACAAUUAACAGCCUUGAUGGAGCUGAAAUAUGUGCUUUAUCCUAUCCCUCUACAUUGCUAUGACCAAUGGUAUUUUCAUGGAAGGUUAGACCAAGAUAAGCUAGCUGAUGUGAAAGCACACGUGAAAAUGAUGAUACAGGCAGCACGGAGGGAGGACAUGGUAUGGAUCACAUAUUCUCAGUGA